UUCUGCUUGUUGCUCAUUAAUAUUUCCGGUGUGCUGUUUUAGAAGAUGUCCACUACACAAUUUCACAUUUUAUUUUACAUCCUUAGCCCUUAGUCUACUUUUUAUUCUUAUUUUUGUGUGAAGAAAGGAACAAGAUGUCUGAUAACGAUAACAUCAGAAUCCAGGAUGAAGAAAUUGAAGCCCUUUCUGCAAUUUAUGGGGACGACUGGGUGAUUGUCGACAGUGAUUCAAAAAAGUACGGCAUAAAAGUCGCAGAUGAAAAUUCAGCAAACAUGAUUUUUAUGGAGGUUUCGUUUCCUCCUGAUUAUCCCAAGACCUCACCCCCUCAGUACAUCCUAAGUGCACCUUGGUUACGACGUGAGGAACGAAUAAGUUUAGAAGACGCCUUAGCAGAUAUAUACUGUGCAAAUAUUGGAGAAAGUGUCAUAUUUCUGUGGGUUGAAAAAAUACGCGAGUUUCUGCAGGAGAAAAGUGAAAUGAAAGUGGAAACAAAACCAGAUGUUGCUAGUCCAGAAAAGGUGGAGGAAAAAUCAGAAGGAGAAGAGGACUGGUCAGAAGACAGUUUUGCAAAGAUACAGGAGGAGUUAAUCAAGAGGAGCCAUUCCACAGAGCAGGAAGAAACCAAAGAAGAGGUCACUUGUCCCGAUAUUCACCAUGGAGAGAGUUUUAUGGACAGAAAAAGUGUGUUUCAAGGUCACAUAGCUGCAAUAUCUCAUACAAAACAGGUGAAGUUAGUCCUGGACUCUCUUUGUCAGAGUAAGAAGAUUGCCAUGGCAACUCACAACAUUUAUGCAUAUAGGAUCAUUCAAAAUGACCAAUCAGAUGUCUACUAUCAGGGCUGUGAGGAUGAUGGGGAAACCCAGGCAGGUUCCAGAAUGCUUCACCUGAUGCAGAUAGUUGAUGCCCGGAAUGUAAUUGUUGUGGUGACUCGUUGGUACGGGGGAGUACAUCUCGGGCCUGAUCGUUUUAAACACAUCAAUAAUUGUGCCAGACAACUUUUGGAUGACCAUGGCUAUAUUAAGUCCAAGGUUAGCAAAAAUCAAUAUUAUAUCAACAGUUACCGUAAAUUAAAGUUUCAUCAAAGUACAGUUUUAUCAACAAUUUAAUAGAGAUUCAAUUUUUAAAGUACAAUUAUGUUUGUUUGUUCUUAUAUUAAACAGACAACCAGCAUUUUAGAAUAGAGUUUUCAGUUGCAUCUUCUGUAAUCACAGGAAUGAAUUUUGAAAUUGUCUCUAUAUGUAUAAACUACAAGAUGAUUUGAUUAAUAAUUAAAAGUGAAUCUGACAUCAGAAUUAUGUAUUACUAAGUAACCAUAAAUACAGUUAAACUUCGGUAUCUGGAACACUGAUAUCUCGAAUACCAUGGAUAUGUCAAAGUGAUUCGGAAGUCCCAACCACUUAUUCUUUAAGUGUUUUACCCUUGAUAUCUUAAAUUCUCGGAUAUUUCAAAAAAUAUUCUCAGUCCCACCAAGUUCAAGAUAACGAGUUUUGACUGUAUUAUUAAGUAAUCAUAUGUAGUACAAACCAUUUUGUGCACUUUUUACAGAAUGAGAAAAAAGGUCCUAAAAGCAGUAAAAAGAAGCGGUAGCACAUGUUGCUUGGCCUUACCAUUGUAUCUCAUGUUGAGA